CCUUCAUCCGCAAUUGUCAAAACAGUCAAAGCGAUGAUAGCGGCAAACGUUUGUUAUUGUUUACAAACGCGCGAGGGUUGAACUUUUAGAAUCCUAUAUUCUCAAUCAACGCAAUCAAUUUUUCUAUGAGAAUCCAAGAAAUAAUCUUAAAGAAAUGCUGCCCCUAUCACUGCUAAAAACGGCACAAAGCCAUCCAAUGUUAGUGGAACUAAAAAAUGGCGAAACGUACAACGGACACUUGGUGAGCUGCGACACCUGGAUGAACAUCAAUCUUCGUGAGGUCAUCUGCACAUCAAAGGAUGGUGAUAAAUUUUGGCGAAUGCCCGAGUGUUAUAUCCGUGGCAGCACCAUCAAAUACCUGCGGAUUCCGGAUGAGGUAAUCGAUAUGGUCAAGGAGGAUGUGCAGGCCAAGUCGCGAAAUCGGACGGAGCUCAGUAAAGGAGGUGGCCGCAACCAGGGCGGAGGUGGCGGCGGCGGAAUCGGUGGUCAGCAGGGUGGCCGUGGUGGUGGUGGUCCCGGUGCCGGAGGCGGAGGCGGCGGACGCAAUAAUGCCAACGCCAAUAACAGAAACACGUUCGGCGGAGGCAACCGUCCCGGGAAUCGUUCUGGGCUCGGGAAUCCAAAUCGAAACGCUCUCAACAAGAAGUAAUCAUGCGGACCUCGGCUUGUCUCGCGAGGUGUGAAGAAAGAAAAGUUAAGCGGUUUCCAUGACCGUUUUCAGAGAAAACAUGAAUAAAAAAUGUAUGCUUUUGUGCGGGAAGAAUUGUGCUUGAGAUCAGAUUUAGGCUUGGUUUUUUUUUGCUGCUCGAUGAAUACCUUUAUACACGUUUAAUAGGAAACUGUCUGCUUGAAGAUAAAUUUAA